CAUUCACCUCCUCCUCAGUAUGGACUUGCCCGAAGCUCUCGUGACUUGGCCCCGCAUGCAUCACCUGUUCGCUGUGCUCUGUCUGGUCACUGUUGUUUAUAAACUCAGUCUCCUGUUGGCGAAGAGAAAAGCUGGGCUCAGAAACACCGAGUGUUUCCCUGGACCCCCGGGACACUGGCUGUUCGGACACCUCCUUCAGUUAAAAGAAGAUGGCACGGGCUUUGACAAAAUGCUGGAGUGGGAAAAGCAGUACCCGUAUGCUUUCCCACUGUGGUUUGGUCCCUUUACUUGUUACCUCUCUAUUCACCACCCAGAUUAUGUAAAAACCAUUCUGACAUCAACAGAACCAAAAGAUGAUUUGGUGUACAGGUUUGUCAAGACUUGGAUUGGGGAUGGUUUAUUGUCGUUAAGCGGUCAGAAGUGGUCUCGCCACAGACGACUCUUGACGCCAAGUUUCCAUUAUGAUGUCUUGAAACCAUACGUAAAAUUGAUGUCUGAUUCUGCUAAAAUUAUGUUGGACAAAUGGGAAAGUUAUGGAGACACCAACAAGUCCUUUGAACUGUUUGAACAUGUGAGCCUUAUGACACUGGACAACAUCCUGAAAUGUGCGUUCAGCCACAACAGCAACUGUCAGACCGAGAGUGGAACAAAUGCGUACAUCAAAGCCGUGUAUGAACUCACUGAUCUGGUCAACCUUCGGUUCAGGACGUUUCCGUACCACAACGACCUCAUUUUCUACCUCAGCCCACACGGCUUUAGAUUCAGGAAAGCGUGCAGGGUUGCUCACAGACAUACAGAGGAUGUAAUAAGAAAGAGAAAAGAAGAACUGAAGGAAGAGAAGGAGCUGGACCGGAUAAAGGCCAAGAGAAACCUGGACUUCCUGGACAUCCUUCUCUGUGCAAGAGACGAGAGUCAGCAGGGUCUGUCAGAUGAAGAUUUGCGGGCUGAAGUGGACACCUUCAUGUUCGGUGGCCAUGACACCACAAGCAGCGGCAUAUCUUUCAUCCUCUACUGUCUUUCCUGCAACCCAGAACACCAGCAGAAGUGCAGGGACGAGAUCACAGAGGUCCUGCAAGACAAGGACACCAUAGAGUGGGAUGAUCUUAAAAAAAUUCCAUACACAACAAUGUGCAUAAAAGAAUCCAUUCGUCUUUACCCCAUUGUACCGCGAACGGCCAGACGACUCACCAAACCCAUGACCUUUUGUGAUGGGAGGACUCUGCCUGCAGGUUUUCUUGUUGGAACAACUAUCUAUGGGAUUCACAUGAAUGAAACCAUCUGGGAAAACCCUCAUGUCUUUGACCCACUGCGCUUCCUACCAGAGAAUGUCUCCAAAAGGUCACCUCACGCAUUCGUGCCUUUCUCAGCUGGGUCAAGAAACUGCAUCGGUCAGAACUUCGCCAUGAACGAGAUGAAGGUGGCCACAGCCCUGACUCUGAGGAGAUAUCAGCUGAUAGAGGACACCACUUUCAAACCCAAAUUAGUUCCCAGAGUAGCGCUGCGCUCACUCAAUGGCGUCCACAUUAAAAUCAAACCUGUAGUAUAGAUACUUGUUUUGAAAAUGGAUUGAAAUAUAACAUUUCCUCUCUGCUUUUUAAUAGUGGGCGAUAGCUGAUUUUAAAGCCAGGUCAAACUAAUGAAAAGUGUACUUAUAUUUAAUUUGCCUUUUUGCAUGUUAUGGGUUUUGAGUAUUGUAGUGUGAACGUUUAAUUAAAAUUAUUUCUAUUAACAGUGUAAAGGUCAUCUAAGUGCACUUUAUAUAUUAGAAACAUGUACAUAUUUAAUCGGUCAGAUUACUUAAAUUUUAAGGAUGAGGGAAGGGAUCUUUGUAUUUAUUUGUUUGUUGAAAGAGUUAUGGUGUAUAUAUUGGUUUCUUUAACGUCCAAAUGUGAUAAAUGGGGGGGAAGUGACGUCUUGGCAGGAUUUUUUUUUUUUUCUUUUCUGCGGGCACGGGGAGCGACCAGCCACGUUCGAGAGAAUUGUAUGAACCUGGUGUUUUGGAAAUAUUGAUGUAUGGGAUUUGUUUCAAUAGUGUGUUUAUGUUCACGUUUCCGCCUUUGUUUGCGGGCACAAGUCCAUGUGGUAUGUGGGGAUGAUGGUGUUUUGUGUCAAUACAGAAUAUUGUAUGCAACAUAACUGUCUUUAUUUCGUUAAUCAGGUGCAUCUCAAAAAA